AUGAAGUCGAAAGUGACCAAGCAAAAAUCAUGCACAAAUUUCAACUUUCAAGCUAAACGAAUCAUCCGCGUGAUUGCAGAGUACGAACGGGCUGUGCUAUUCCGACUGGGACGAAUACUUCCAGGCGGUGCUAAGGGUCCUGGCCUCUUUUUCACGGUUCCAUGUCUCGACAUGAUCCGAAAAGUCGACCUCCGAACUGUCACUUUCGAUGUACCGCCGCAAGAGGUUCUCACCAAGGACUCUGUUACUGUGGCGGUUGACGCCGUGGUCUACUAUCGAAUCUACAAUCCGGUGGUUGCAAUCACCAAUGUUGAGGAUGCGGAUCGCUCCACAAGGCUUCUGGCGGCAACCACCCUGCGUAAUGUCCUCGGCACCAAAAAUCUCUCUGAUAUUCUCUCUGAGAGAGACUCCAUUUCUGGCAUGAUGCAG